AUGGCACCCGCAACGACGAUUCCGCACAAGUCGGGGGGACACCAGCGAUACAAAGCUGCGAAAUCGGACGGCGCGUCAAAACAUCAAGCAGACCUUGCUGCUGGCGACGGCGAUGCAGAGGCAGGCGCAUUGCAGCCGGUGAAGGAACCGCAGGAAGAGGAUGAGUUUGAAGAUUUCGGCACAGAAGGAGAGGAUGAAAACAAGGGGGCUCAAAGUGAGGAGAGCGACGAGGAAAGCAUAGAUAUACAGCUUGAGCAAAAGGAAAAGAAAAAGGAAAAGCCGGUAUUGCCAAAGGAUGCUGAAGAAGAGGAGCUUGAGCGUAUAAUAUUUGGCGACUCAGAGGGCUUUCGGCAAGGAUUAGAAAACUUCUCGCUCGACCGUACAACCGGCGCAUAUGGUGACGAUUCAGACGAAUCGGGAGCAGAAGAGGCAUCUCUCGAUGGUGUAGCAGACCAGGACUUGUUCUUCUUUGACGCAGGUCCUGUUGCUGCACCAGCAGGCUCUGUAGCACCCAAGGGUACAGAGGAAUCGGAUGACGAAGACGAAAAGCCUGCGUGGGAAGAUAGCGACGACGAGCGGCUGGUAGUUAGUCUGGCGUCGGUACCUCAGCUGAGAAAAUUGCGGGAGACAGCAGACGAUGACGUAGUCAACGGUAAAGAAUACUCGCGGAGGUUGCGCAAGCAGUACGAGAGGCUCUACCCUACACCCAACUGGGCGGCAUAUGCGACAGGCAAGGCCAAUAAGAAGCGGAGACGCACAAUGGAAGAGGAUGAGAGUGGAAACGAGUCGGCAAGCGACAUGGACGUUGAUGAUGAGGAUCUAUCUACAGCGCCGCUUGCAAAGCUGUUGAAGGAUGCCGAUAUCCUUUCGCGGGUCUCGAGGGGCAGCGCGAAGCGAAGAAAGCUUCAAGCCGGCACCAUUGACAUUCAGCGUCUGAAGGAUGUGUCCAAAGCCGGACCGUCUGCCAUUACCUCCCUAUCAUUUCACCCUACUUACCCGCUAUUGCUUUCCUCCGGACCCAGCUCAACACUAUACCUCCACCACGUCAAUCCAAAUCCGCCGAACCCAAAUCCUCUACUGACAUCACUGCACGUCAAGCGCACGCCUCUUGUCACAACGGCAUUCCACCCAUCUGCAUCAGACUCACGCAUCUUCCUGAGCGCACGUCGCCGCUACUUCCACGUUUGGAAUAUUGCAACCGGGCGAGUGGAAAAGGUGUCGCGUGUCUAUGGUCACCAGCACGAACAACGAACCAUGGAGUUUUUUGCUUUGUCACCAAAUGGCAAAUACAUGGCUCUUCGGGGUUCAUCUAGAAAGGGCGGCGGUGUCAUCAACAUUCUGGAUGCCCGAACGCUCCAAUGGACAACACAAGUGCGGAUCGAAUCACGAGGCGGCAUUGCAGACUUUGCGUGGUGGGGCGAUGGCACGGGCAUGUGCAUUGCAGGCAAGAACGGUGAAGUUACCGAGUGGAGCGUCGAAGACGGUAUCGUAGGACGUUGGAACGACGAAGGUGCCGUGGGCACCACGGUCAUUGCGCUCGGCGGCAAGAGCGGGCGCGAGAACUGGCUUGGAGGCGAUCGAUGGGUAGCAAUCGGCAGUUCAAGCGGAGUAGUCAACAUCUACGAUCGUCGCGCCUGGAGCGAAAACGACCCUUCCCUCAGCACCGCGGAAGCCGAUGCAAACGGCGGUAUCCCUCCCGCACCGAAACCGCUGCGAGAUCUCCAGAAUCUUACAACGCCCAUUUCGCAUCUGGCGUUUACACCAGAUGGACAGGUGCUCGCCAUGGCGAGUCGCUGGAAGAAUAAUGCGAUGAGGCUGGUGCAUCUACCUUCUGCUACUGUGUUUAAGAAUUGGCCGAGUCAGAAAACGCCGCUGGGACGGAUUACGGCGGUGGCGUGGGGACGACCAAGUGAAGAUGAGGAGAAGGAAGGGAGUCUGGCGCAGUUGGCAGUUGCCAAUGAGGCGGGACAUAUUAGGAUGUGGGAAAUACGGGCUUGA